CCCGCCCCGUAUUUCUCUAGACUCGCGAAGAGCCGGUUACCCACGCAGUGGUUCUAGUGCUGGGACCCAGACACCGGAAUCCCUCCAAGAAAACAAUCAGGAGAAACGGUGGCUUUGGUUGGGUGUGGCGGGCCCCAGGAGGGUGAGGGACUCUUUGACGCGGCGGAGGAAUCGGGAGGCUAGUGAUAGCCGCCAUCUUUGGUUCAGUGCGGCGCCAGCAGCAGCGGCAGAGGCUGGUGUGGUGAAGGAGGAGGAGGAGCCGAGCGGGCGCUGGUACCAAGGCCUGACCAUGGACGAGGAAUACGAUGUGAUUGUGCUGGGGACAGGUCUCACCGAAUGCAUCCUGUCUGGCAUUAUGUCUGUGAAUGGAAAGAAGGUGCUGCACAUGGACCGAAACCCUUACUAUGGGGGUGAGAGCUCUUCCAUCACACCCCUGGAGGAGCUAUAUAAGCGCUUUCAGUUGCUGGAAGGGCCCCCUGAAUCAAUGGGCCGGGGCCGAGACUGGAAUGUUGACUUGAUCCCCAAAUUCCUCAUGGCCAAUGGUCAGCUGGUAAAGAUGCUACUGUAUACGGAAGUAACUCGUUACCUGGACUUCAAGGUGGUAGAAGGCAGCUUUGUGUACAAGGGGGGCAAGAUCUACAAAGUGCCAUCCACUGAGACUGAGGCCUUGGCUUCUAAUCUGAUGGGCAUGUUUGAAAAACGACGCUUCCGAAAAUUCUUGGUGUUUGUGGCAAACUUUGAUGAGAAUGACCCCAAAACCUUUGAGGGUGUGGACCCCCAGACCACCAGCAUGCGUGAUGUCUACCGGAAGUUUGACCUGGGCCAAGAUGUCAUUGAUUUCACUGGCCACGCCUUGGCGCUCUACCGCACUGAUGACUACCUGGAUCAGCCUUGUCUUGAGACUAUUAACCGCAUCAAGUUGUACAGUGAGUCCCUGGCCCGGUAUGGCAAGAGCCCAUAUUUGUACCCACUCUAUGGCCUGGGUGAGCUGCCCCAGGGCUUUGCAAGAUUAAGUGCGAUCUAUGGGGGAACAUACAUGCUGAACAAACCUGUAGAUGACAUCAUCAUGGAGAAUGGCAAGGUGGUGGGUGUGAAAUCUGAGGGAGAGGUGGCCCGCUGCAAGCAGCUAAUCUGUGACCCCAGCUACAUCCCAGACCGUGUACGAAAGGCUGGCCAAGUUAUUCGCAUCAUCUGUAUCCUCAGCCACCCCAUCAAGAACACCAAUGAUGCCAAUUCUUGCCAAAUUAUCAUCCCUCAAAACCAGGUCAACAGAAAAUCAGACAUCUAUGUGUGCAUGAUAUCCUACGCACACAACGUGGCCGCACAGGGGAAAUACAUCGCCAUUGCCAGCACCACCGUGGAGACUGCAGAACCGGAAAAGGAGGUUGAGCCUGCUUUGGAGCUGUUGGAACCCAUUGACCAGAAGUUUGUGGCAAUCAGUGAUUUAUAUGAGCCCAUUGAUGAUGGUUCUGAGAGUCAGGUGUUCUGUUCCUGCUCCUAUGAUGCCACCACACACUUUGAGACCACCUGCAAUGACAUCAAAGAUAUCUACAAACGCAUGGCUGGUUCAGCCUUCGAUUUUGAGAACAUGAAGCGCAAACAGAAUGAUGUCUUUGGAGAGGCUGAUCAGUGAUUGCUGACUCCCCUCCUCCAGCUCUGCUCCCCUCUUCCCAACUGUGUGUCCUUCUCUAGGGCAGGGGAGAUGGUAUGGCUGGGUAUCCCUGUUUCUAGCAUCUCCUGCUUCCCCCGCCACAUUCCAGUCACCCACCUCAUUGAUUUGAUUCACUGACCAAAUCCUUAACCUUAGUGAUGGUUUGGGAGAUGGGAGUUGGAUAGUAUCCUCUUUCUUGGCCUGCCCUUGUGCUAGGAAAAGAGGAUCUCUGUCUCUGGCAUUCAUUCAGUCUGUCUGUCUGU